AUGCUCAGUAAAAUCAACAAUGAGGACGAGCCAUACCAGCUCCAUCUUGUGAUCAUAGGCGCCGGUCUCGCCGGCCUUGCCGCAUCAAUAGCUACAAGUCUCGAAGGCCACUGCGUCACUGUGCUAGAGAAGGUCCCGCAACUCCAGGAGGUAGGUGCCGGCCUUCAGGUCACACCGAACGCCACGCGCCUUCUGAAGCGGUGGGGUCUCUUCGAUGAGCUACAAAGACGGGCCGCCGCACCAUCGUCCCUGACUGUGCGCCGGUACGACGGCAGCCUCGUGCUCGCGCAAGAGCAGAGAUUUCAGGAGAAAAUUCAGAAUGAUUACGACGCGCCUUUCUGGGAUCUCCACCGGGCAGACUUACAGACGGCUCUCGUCGGCCGCGCAAUCGAGCUUGGUGUUGAGAUCCGACUCGACUCUGAGGUGGUCGAUAUCGACUUCUCCACGGCAACAGUCACACUGAAGGGGGGCGAAUUAGUCUGCGGCGACAUCCUUCUGGCCGCAGAUGGCUUGUGGUCACGUAGCAGGAACCUCUUCAUGCAGAAGCCAAUUCUUCCGAGCCCGACCGGCGAUCUCGCCUGGCGCAUCAUAUUGAACCUCGAGGACUUGAAAGACCCGGAGCUUGUGCAGUGGGUGUCAAAACCUACCGUUAAUUUCUGGAUCGGUCCCUACUCUCACGCUGUAGGCUACUCUGUGAAGGGCGGGAAGCAAUUCAAUCUAGUCCUGCUCUCGCCUGAUGAUCUUGAGAAAGACUCUAGCAGAGCGGAGGGCGACCUCGAUGAGAUGAAGAAUUUGUUUGCAGGCGUGGAUAAGUGGAGAUUGUUGCACUGUAAGCUACAUCCCAAACGCCACAAACUUGCCUCUGAUGAAUCGGCAGGUCCCACGCUCGACCAUUGGGGAAACGAUCAAGGGAACUUUGUGAUGGCCGGCGACGCAUGCCACCCAAUGCUUCCUUACCUCGCCCAAGGCGCCAACUCCUCCCUCGAGGACGGUGCCGUACUCGGAUGCCUCCUUGGCCAUGUCAAACACUCCGGCGACGUUCCCCGCGCCAUUAGGAUAUACGAAGACCUGCGUAAGGAGAGAGGCCGCACCAUUGCGCUCGAGACAUUCAAGCAGCGCGAAGCCUUUCAUAUGCCCGAUGGGGAGGCGCAGCAACAGCGCGACGCCAUUUUCGCCGCAGCCAUGGCCAGCGAGCCCACGCCUGCCUUCAGUAGCCGCUGGACAUGCCCGACUUUUCAGCCCUGGCUGUACGGCUACGAUGCGUAUGCUGAAGCCGACCGGGCCUUUGAUAUGAUGAACGUGUAG